UUUGCGGUUGUCGCCCUGCAUCUGAGUUGCAUGAGCUAAAGAAUAGACCAAGCGAAACAAUAUAAACAUUGUAUCUUUCUUUUGUUAUGCAGGACUAGAAAUUCUUGGCACGAAGCCAGGGCAUUCCUAGCUGAACAUUUAGACAGACGAAAUGUAUUGUGUGGUGAAGGACCCGUAUAGGUUCAUGUGGACAAGAGCCUUCGCAUUCAGGGUUCAACGACGUAUCUGUGGAGGCUAUACUAUUAUUUGUGGGACUAGCCGAGUGAAUACUGGACCUUCUUCAAGAUGUGUUCAUUUGAGAGUGUCUGCCGUGAUACUUCCACCAUACUUCUCUCAUACUUCCAAUCUGCAACAUCAUACGCUCCGCCGAUGGCAUAUAGACCCAAUAAAUGUUCAGCAGCACUGGUGAAAUACAAGACCUUGCCAAUUGACAUGUGGACAAGGCAGGAGUUUGUGGCAUGGCAGUCAGCACAGAAAACUAACCGAGCUUAUCGUUAGCAGAAUGAAUGACAAAAGUGCUGACAUCUACAUAAGUGGUAUUGGAACCUAGAGGAGGUCAGAAGCUGCAUUCAUGUUUCUGGGAGCAAACCUGUCCAAGGAUGGCAGCUUAUAAGCAGAGAUCGAUCCGCAUCAGGAUAUUUUCAGCUAACAUGGCAGCAAUUUCCUGACUAUUCAGGUUAUGGAGAAGCAGUAACAUGCUGACAUGGUUUUCCCUUUUAUACGACACCUCUUUAACAACCCUUCAAACACCCUUGUAGGAGUUCCACCCCUCCCCGGCUACUAUAGACAGACCAAGAGACUAUAAAAGAGAAGAUUGGGCGAGCUUCAUUUCACAGCCGACCAGCAGAGCGGACGACGAAAUAAACUGCAGACGUUGCAGCAUGAUGAUAUUGGGAUAAGUGCCCCAUCCGAGAUGACACAAGUUCACAUACACACAAUAUGGCGCUACCACGAGCGAGCCGGGGCUGGUGGAUACCGACGGUACAUGGGGCACAUCUCCGUUUUAUCGGCCUCGCCCGCAGACUCUUGGAAUGGAAGCCUUCAAGGAGCUUCAAAGACAUGAAGACUUCAAAGACUUCGAUGGAGAUUCACUGUGCAGCAAGAGGAACUACAGACAUGAAGUCUUUAUGGAAGUGCGGUGAUUGACAAAACUGGAUUUGAAUGCCAUGCAAUUCGAUGGAGAUUCACUGUGCAGCAAGAGGGACAUGUACUACAUACAUGAAGUCUCUAUGGAAGUGCGGUGAUUGGAAGAACUGGAUUUGAAUGCCAUAUAUAUGAAAAAUCUGUGACUGAUGAGGCGUGACUGAUGAGGCGAGAUGGCUGCCGUUUCGUUACGGACAACUUUCAUCUUUUUCCUUCUGGUUUUCGUUGUGCUUCUUAGAACAACCUCAGGACAGCAGCCUUCCGAAGGUGAUUCAAAACCUUUAGCAUUCUCGUCAACAAGAAAGACGGAGUCAAAUGUUGUAACAACAAAACCAGCAAACUCGCCAUCAACUACAAGAGCAUCAACUAGCCCAUCAGCAACUACAGAUGAACUAAUAACCACAGCAACGCAAUCAACUACACGUGCAAGGACUACCGAGGCGUUAACACAAGAGAUCCAAGUAACACAAACAACUUCAGACCCACCAAGGAAUACAAACUCCUCAACAGAUCCAGAGACCCAAACUACAGCCACACGACCAACCUUAGGCCCACCAAGAACUACAAGAACAUCAACCUCUACAGGGAACCCAUCCACUAAAGACGCAUCAACUAUCGAAGGCUCGACAGUUCGAGAGAACCCAACCACUACAAACACACUGCCAACUACAGAAAGCCAAUUAACAGCUAAAAGGAAUUCAACAACCACAGCCACAGCAGCAUCGCCAGACACAUCAACGUCUGCAAGCAUGUCAGCUGUUACAGAGGGCCAAACCACUUCAGGCGCAGCAACUACCGAAGUCUCAUCAACAGCUCAAGUGAACCCAAGCACUACAACCGCACAGGCAACUACAGUCCAACCAACUGCUACAAGCGAAGUAAUAACUACAAACACCCAAAUCACUAUAAACACACAAGCAACCUCGGGAACAUCGACGUCUGAAAGCCCUUCAACAAAAAAGAAUCCAACAACUUCAGCCACACCAGAAUCGCCAGGUAAAUCAACGGCUUCUAGCGCAUUACCAACUAGACAGACCGCAACGAGUGCGAACACACGAACAACUCCAUCCACACAACCGGCGAGCGCAUUCAUAUACUAUAUUUUGGGAGCAUCUGUGCUUGUGUCUGUUGUUGUCUUGGGUUGUGGGGUUCACUGCAUAUCACUCCGGAUUAAAGGUCAACGAAGGAAUAAUCAUCAGGAUGAGCCUUCAAUGGAAAUGGGAAUUAUCAGUGAGAGGGACGAAGAUGAUGGAGACCCUUGUUCAUCAGCGGAGUUAGGUGCAGUAGCCCUCCAAGACCUCGAUGGCGCUGUACAGUUGAGGAAUGAAUCUGACGAAGAGACAAACAAUGAAACUAACCCUGAGAAUGUAGAACUUGGAGGAGCUUCAUCUCGUGCGGAAGCCACCGAAGGCACAACAAACAUCGACGGUGCUGUACAGAUGAGGAAUGAAUCUCGGGAAGAGACACAAAAUGAAACCAAUCCUGAGCAUGCAGUACUCGAAAGAACUGAAUCUCGAGUCGGCGAUUUGAAACUGCGCAUAAUCGCCCAGCACCUUGGCUCCGAAUGGGAGCGUUUGGCUACCGUUCUUGGCUUCAGCUCGGGAGAAAUCUUCACAUUUAAGAACGACAACGACCGUCGGACGGAUAACCAAAUCUUCGCCAUGCUCGUUGCCUGGCGCAGGAGACAGUCUUCAUCCGACGACGCUUGCAGGAUACUGCUUCGGGCCUUGGAGGAGAUUGGUCGAGUGGAUCUUUCCAGGGAGGUGCAAGGAAUCAUUAGCGACGACAUUGCAAAUUCUUUGAAGACUGUUCAGAAGGAGGUGACAUACUUCACCAAGUUAACCGCCAGUAGCAUUCCAUUGCAUCCGCUGGUGCAGUCGAGAAAAGUGGGUAUGAAGGAGUUUUUUAUCCAACCAGAACUUAUGUCGGUAGAUGCCAGAAAAGGAAUGCCUGGCCGACCUCUUAACAUGUCAGGGGGUGAAAUACGGUUGGAUGCGUUAGAAACGAUGAAACCCAUAACAUUGGAGGAGUUUAUCAGGUUAAUGGGUAAUGGGGAGGUACGGAACAAUCGAAUCCUCCUUUCGGGAGGGGCUGGUUGUGGCAAAACCACUCUGUUGAAGAAAGUUGCAAAUGACUUGACCUUCAACUCGGCCUUGCCGCUUGCCAACUUCAAGAUAGUGGUCCCAUUGAGGUUGAACCAAAUGGUGGAGACGGGAUGUCUCAUUGAUGCAAUGUUAAAGCAGAUCCUGCCCAGAAACACAACAGUGACACCACUGCGUUUGAAGGAGGUGAUUGAUAAGUACGAGGAACAUAUUGCGUUUCUGUUAGAUGGUUUAGACGAGAUACCCCUGAAGGUCCUCCAGUCUUCCAAAGGUCUGUUGAGCAUCAAAGAUGUGCUAGAGAACAGGGUAUUGGUCAGGAGCUGUGUCUUGGUGACAACACGACCCCAUAUGGUCGAUCAUGUUCUUAGUGCGUAUCCACACUACGAUGUCGUUCAAACGAGGGGAUUCAGCCAACAGAACUGCAACGAGUUCAUUGUCAACUUCUUCAAGGAUGACGUCGAAAAGAGAGAGGCGUUGAUUGCUCAGUUGACCACAUCUCCAUCUCUGAGAAGCAUAGCACAGAUUCCUAUCAUCUCACUAAUUCUGUGUAUAAUUCAGGAGAAUCCUGGAUCAGUGUCUGACAGAUUAUCUGAUCUUUACAGCCAGGUUGCCAGGGUCCUCGUCAGGAAUCCAAGUACGAAAGACCAAAGGGACCAUGGGGUUCAGCUUAUUUCAAUCCUCAACGGGUUGGGCAAGGUUGCCCUGAAUGGGCUUUUCCGUCCGAAUGGAGGGACAUUGAUUUUCACCCGUGACGAGUUCAAUGAAUGUGGUCAGGUCUAUGAGGAUGCUCUCCGAUUUGGUUUCUUGAUAGAGGAGAGAUGCACAAGCGGCUUGGAAGUGAGGCGGGUGGUGAUAUUUGUUCACAAGUCGGUCCAGGAGUACUGUGCAGCGCACGUCAUGGUAAAUCUGUUGGAUGUUGAUGAGGACGGCUUCAAAGGGUAUCUGAAGGAUGUUGUGGCUGAAAAUGUGUUCGGCCUAGAGUAUCUGUUUCGCUUUUGUUGUGGUAGAUCACCGAAAGCUGCAAGACUUAUCGUGGAACACGUGCAGAAGAUUCGCGGUGACAAGGUUAGGCUGUGCAGAUUGGUACGUUUGUUGCUGCUUGAGUCGGGCUCAAAGGAGUUGGCUAGCAAACUACAUCCACAGACAGAUGUUGAGUGUGAGACUUCAGAGGAUCUGAAGGCAUUCGCUUACUGUCUUGAAUACGUUCGCUCACCAGUGAGCAUAAACCAGAUGCGCAUCGUAGUGUCCUCCUGCGACGACCUCCAGCUUUUGGGGAAAUGUCUGCAAAGCGGCAACAUGAAGUCAAUCAAACAGAUCGUGUGUAAGUAUAGCAUAUCUGAAGGAUGGAGGGGGCAUCUUACACAGUUGGAGCAAACGUUAGCAGUUGACAAAGUGGAUAGGCUAGUUCUGGCCCUCUGGAUUCCUGAUCACAUUCCGUGUGACGUGGUAUUUCUCUCCGGCUGUAUCAACCGUGUGUCCAAGAUGUGUGGUGAGUUUGGCCUGAACUUGAAAGGGUCCAACUUCGGCCGAUCCCUCUAUGAUAUCAAGUGUCUGGUUGGUGCACUGAAGGGGUGCAGCUUGUUCUACCUCGUGUUGAGUAACAUCAACAUGCACGGUAAGGUGAGGUGGUUAAGUAACCUCUUUACCUUAGCCCUGAAGCAGCUUUUGCUUCGUAACUGCAACUUGGGUGAUGACGACAUCAAGGAUUUGAUUUGUGUCAUGCCCAACAGUCUGCUUCAGCUCGAUCUCACUGAGAAUGUCCUGAGUCCAGAGGCAAUGAAGGAUCUCACUCUCCAUCUGCGGCGCUUGCCAAAGCUGAAGUGUCUAAAGCUUGCCAACACAGGGUCUAAUGCAGACCUGAUCAGCAAGAUUGUCUCUCGCAAUCUCUGUCACAUGUUGGAAACCGAUGUGUGCACUUUUGUGAAAGACGUUUAAAUUGGCGUUACCAUUUCCUGGUCCCUUGAAUGGACGUCGAUGUCUGCUGGUGUAUGUAUUCACCAGAGUGGCUUGUGGCUUGUGAAUAGCUGAGAACGGAAUGAUGUGGACUCUUUUUUUUAUUAUAAUGGUGCACCGUGAUAACUUGAAAAGGUCUACACUCUGUCUGUGCGUCAUGGUAGCGUGGUGCAUGUGAUGUAUUUUGUGUGUAUAUUCCGCAGAUAUUGUAGCAGUACAGAAAAAAAAAUGCGUUUGAAGCUCACGGCCUGAGCGAAUUGGCCUGAAAUGCCCAGGCUUGUUGAUCCCUCCGAUCUGAAAAUCCACAUGUCUAGUUCAGUGAGAUUUAGGUGAAUGAUUGUUUGUUAUAUGAUUGUAUAUGGGUCACUUCUGACGGAACUGCGCAAAAUCAAUCAUGUUGGAGAAGGUCAUGCACAGAUAAAGUUUGGAAACUGGCAUUUCUACCACAACCCAUCAUUAACGAUCAGAGGACGUGUAGAGAGUGCAGAUUUCACACGACGGAAGCAAAGUCCAUAAACCAUCGCACACGUUUGCAAACUUGGACAAUGAAAGAUGGUUAUAAGACAUUUCGAAACAUCGAUAGCAUAUAUCCACUGCGACAAGACAUUGCCUUAGCCUUUUCUGUGAUUUGUGGAACCUGUGACUGUUGUAACGUAAGAGUGACACUGAGUUGGUUGAAUUGAAUUCAACAUAAACAUUCGUGAAGCUAAGGUAUGGAUGGGGCUAAGUAGCCAAGUCCUAAAGGAGUUGAGCCACAAAACAAUUUGAUCUUCAUAUAAUUCACUUGCGUUUUCACUCCGAAGAUGCGAUCCGCUAGAAGAGAAUGUGUCGUCGGCAUGUAAUCCAGCCUGACACGAUUCCACCAAAAGGCAGAGAGAUUUAGGCCCAAGAUCGAAGCUUGGGAUACCCAAGAAACAGUGGGUGCGCACUUUAUUACGAUCUGUGUGGCAGGUAAUUUGUAAAUCCAAUUCAGCAGAGUACCUGGAGACCAUGAGGAAGAGUUUUCUCGGUCAUUUACAAACAAUGAAAUCGAACUCUUCAUUCGCGUAUACCUCAAUCCAUCCCGAUAAUACACUGCAUCGACAGUGUUGGGUGUUUAAUGUGAUAACAGUACUGUAAAUGGGGAUGGCUGGCUUCCAACCCAACAAUCCAUUCUCAUGAUUGAAGGUCUGCCAACCUUUGACUGAUAAUAAUAAUUAUUCCAAUAAAAGUUGACCUAUCGGUAAAAAUUAGCGUGGGAUUUUUUCUUGUAACAGUACUGUAAAUGGGGAUGGCUGGCUUCCAACCCAACAAUCCAUUCUCAUGAUUGAAGGUCUGCCAACCUUUGACUGAUAAUAAUAAUUAUUCCAAUAAAAGUUGACCUAUCGGUAAAAAUUAGCGUGGGAUUUUUUCUUGUAUUAUAUAUGCACUCUACAAAGUUUUAUUAUUAUGUGCUUUAAUAAAAAAAAUACUUUACUUCUCGCUGAAAUCCUCUCCUCUGA